AGUCCUGGAGGUGGCGUGGGAUCACAGAAUUUAGGAGAUUCGGGAUCAGUGAGUGAGCCAGGCUGCUGGCGCCCAGCCCUGUGAGGAAGGGGGAGCAAAGGAUUCGGGCAAGUGGGCCGGGUUGUCCCUCGGGCAGAGCGCACUGAACCCAGAACCCGUGCGCUCCGCCCUGCGCCGCGCCCCUGGACCUCCCGGUUAUCCGUAGCCGCCGAGCCUCCCCGCCGCCUCCGCAGACCCAGGCUCGGUACCCAGACAACGGCAGCGGCAGCCGGGUGGCCCGUGUCAGAGACUGCCGGCAAUGAUACCUUGUUCCUCAUCCCUGAAUCAUCGCCUUUGAAAUUAUAAGACAUGGAGGAUGAAGAUAAGACAGUUGGAGGUCAGGACUCAAAGCCAUCCACUGGGACCAGUCACACAGCUUCUGAGCAUCAAGGACCACAGGAAGAGAGAAUCAUGAACCUCAAAGGGGUAGAUGGGAAUGAGCCAACGGAAGACAGUAACCUGCUGAACAGUGGUGAGAAAAAGUCUCCGGAAUUGGCAACAGAAUCUGGUCACUUGCAGAGUCUGAGACGAAUGCUGGCUUGCCCUCCACAUGGCUCGCUGGGCAAAGUGAUAACGAACGGUACCAUGGUUGUUCUUCUGUGGGCUGUGGUUUGGUCAGUUACCGGCCCUGAGUGUCUUCCUGGAGGAAAUCUGUUUGGAAUCCUAGUCCUGCUCUGUUGUGCUGUCGCCGGAGGUAAAGUUUUUGGACUCAUUAGGCUACCGACAUUGCCUCCUCUGCCUCCUCUUCUUGGGAUGCUGCUUGCUGGGUUUCUCUUGAGAAAUGUCCCAGUCAUCAGUGAGAAUGUCCGGAUCCAGCAUAAGUGGUCUUCUUCUUUGAGAAGCAUAGCCCUUUCUGUCAUUUUGGUUCGUGCUGGCCUUGGUCUGGACCCAAAGGCACUGAAGAAACUGAAGGGUGUAUGUGUGCGCCUGGCCAUGGGUCCCUGCAUUGUGGAGGCAUGCACUUCUGCCCUUCUUGCACACUUCCUGAUGGGUUUGCCUUGGCAGUGGGGCUUCAUACUGGGUUUUGUCAUAGGUGCUGUGUCUCCAGCCGUUGUGGUGCCUUCCAUGCUCCUUUUGCAAGAAGGAGGCUACGGGGUUGAAAAAGGUGUCCCGACUUUGCUCAUGGCUGCUGGCAGCUUUGAUGACAUUUUGGCCAUCACUGGCUUCAACACAUGUCUGGGUGUGGCCUUUUCCACAGGGUCUACAGUUUUUAACAUCUUCAGGGGCAUUUUGGAGGUCGUAAUUGGCGUAGCUACUGGAUCUUUCCUUGGGUUUUUUGUACAAUACUUUCCAAGCAGUGACCAGGACAACCUUGUGUGGAAGCGAGCCUUCCUGGUUCUGGGCUUUGCUGUGUUAGCUGUGUUCAGCAGUGUGUAUUUUGGCUUCCCUGGGUCAGGAGGACUGUGCACAUUGGUCAUGGCUUUUCUUGCAGGCAUGAGGUGGAGUGACAAGAAGUCGGAGGUAGAAAAGAUCAUUUCAGUUACCUGGGACAUUUUCCAGCCCCUUCUGUUCGGCCUGAUCGGAGCCGAGGUAUCUAUUGCAUCUCUCAGACCAGAAACCGUUGGUAAGACCUUCUCAAUGGUUCUUGUGCUAAAUCUUUAAAUCCUGGUUUGGAAUACCUUCAGUGGGUGCUUUUUUACCAUUGUUAUGACUGUAGAAAGAAUUAGCUAUGAUCUUUAGAGAAGUUGGCUAGAGAAUAAUGCUUGUUACUCUGAGUGAAAAAUCAGGCCUACUCCUCCCCAAUAUAACUGGU